CAAACACAGAGAGACAGAGCAGCAGCAGCAGCAGUAGCAGAGAAGAGAGCUCAGUAAAUCAGAGAGGGAGAGGAAAACAAAUCAGAGACUAAGUGCAGCUCAGCGGAGGACUUGACGAAUGCUCAUCCAGCUGGCUUAAGGUCAUCCUCACUCACUCGGCUGUGAACGAGCGUCCGGGCAGAAUGGAUUUCGUUUUGGUCCGGCAGCCACCGAGCGGCUCUGUAGAUUACUAUCACUGCUUUUGGAUUAUUUCUGCUGUUGUGAUGAACGGGAACGACAGCAGGCAGAAGGGAAGAUGAACCUUGAUUCUCUGGAGAGCUCGAUCCAGAACCUGCUGUCGGAGCUGUACCCGCCCUUCGAGGCCACCGCCCCCACUCUUCUCAGCCAGCUCUUCCAAAUCCUUGACAGUCGUUAUCGGGGAGACGCCCUGCGGUGCCUGCUGGACUUCCUGGUCCCAGCCAAGCACAUCUUAGACACCGUGCAGCAGGCUGCAUGUGCUCAGUACUCUGAUGUACUCUUCCUGUGUGAGGGCUGGCCUCUGUGUUUGCGUGACCAAGUCGUCGUCCAACUCGCUCCCAUCAACCCGCUGCUGCUUCAGCCCGGCGACUUUUACCUCCAGGUGGCGCCUUUCUGUGACCAAUCGGCUCGCAUCGUGGUCUGCAGCCUCCUGGAAGAGGAAGGGCUUAUAGUGGAAGUAGUGGAGGAGACGCCGAUCCCUGAAACCUCCUAUCCGUGUAUAUUCAGCCGUGACUGGUUAGAGGAGAUCAACCAGGGCCGCCAUGGGACGCCUCUCAGCCAAUGCCUGCUCGCCAACGAGCGGGGCGUGGUGAGGUUACCAUGGGAACGGCUGGCUGUGCCGGAUUUUGUGGACGUGCCACCGUGUGCUCGGAGUAGUAUGGCCUCGGCUCCUACUUCGUAUCCUCCUUUACCGCCUCCGCUUCCUCAUCCUCCGCCUCUUCCUCGUUUUCCUGAGAAUUCUUCAUCAUUUCCUCUUUCUUCUUCGAAGGCACCAAAACAGUAUCCUGUAACCAUUCAAAAGUCCAUCUUAGCAUCUUCUUCACAUCCCUCUGCCUUCUCCGUGGAGACCAGAAUAUGUCCAGCGAGGCACGGCAUCGCUGUGUCACUCCGCCUGGUGGAUACUAGCGCUGCUUCUUCUUCUUCUUCUUCUUCUUCUUCGAGGCUGGUCAAAGUGAAAGAGACUGAAACUGAGCCGAAGCCUAUUGGCUGGGUGUCCCCUAAUACGUGGGACAGCUGCUUUACUGAGACAGAUCCAAAUACAGCCACACAAACAGACGCUGUUUCAGGUGCAUGCACCCCUGCAGGUGGAGAUACAACUACAUGCAAAGGUGAAGAUAAGAGUGUAAUUGUUUCUGAACAUAUAGAGCCAGAUCAACAUAAAGAUAUAAGCAGGACAGAGCCAGCAGAAGGGGAAUAUAUUGAUAUUCUUCAGGCCACUAUGCUUUUUAGUAGAGCUCAGUCAGCACCUGAAGAACAGCAGAAAUUAGAAAUGCAACCACGUACACAGACUGAACCACAAAGAUAUCCACAGAGACGAGCACAAAUGCAGCCACGUGCACAAACGGAGUCGUACAGGCAACUACAGAGACAGCCAAACACACCUCAAGCACAGUCACGAGCACAAGUGCCGUUACAUACAAAACCACAAACUCAUUCUAGAUCGGAGGCUCCUGCAGAAACAGCUCUGCACCAUUCCCAACCCCAUCACCCUCACCCGGACUCCCUCGAACUCUCUCAGUGUGUCCGCUUCGCCGAGAAACCCUGCACCCCGUGCAUGAGGAGAAGACAAGGUGGAAACGCUUCCAGAGCUCAGGAGCUGAGGUGUCGAUACAGGGACUCCUACCAGGCUGCUAUACAAAACCCUGUCGCCUUUGGACAGGAGAGGGAGAGGGAGAGGGAGAGGGGGAAUAUGUUAGCUGUGGUGGAGGAGGAUGGUGAUUUCUCACAGUGCGACGACAGACUACCAGAGACCGAAACAGAAGAUCCAUGGUGUCCAGGAAUGUGGUUUGAUCCUGGGAUGCAACACCAGUCUCCGCCCUCCGUCUGUAAGGAGUCGGGAGAAAAGAACACGGUUCCAUAUUGGAGAACAGGAGAUACAAACACUGCCCCCUGUAUGGAUCACAGGGGAACACAUGCUUUAAAAUGUGGUGGGCUACCAGAACAAACUGAAAGGGAACCAAGGGAUGCACACUCUGCCAAAACGUACGGCAGUUUACACAACGUGAACGGGACAAAUUUAGCAGCAGGAACGAGGAUGAACGCUAAUAGAGCGUUGUCGAGUUUAAACGAUCAGUCAGAUGUGAUCUCUGCCAAACACCACAGAUUACCGUUUACUUCAACUGAAAUCUCAGCGAUGAAUGUGACCCCCAAGCCUCCUGAAAGGCUACAAAACAGAACCAGUUCCACGGGAGCGAGUCCAAACUUUCCCAAGCCUCUUUCGGCGCCACAGAACAGACGGGAAUCCAUGUCAGAUGGAAGAUGUUCGUCCCUCUCCACAGCCGUGGUGAACACCUCGGAGAAGUGCGCGCUGGUCAUCGUCGAAGGUCAAAAUGUGAGGAGAAGAGAGAACGCCGGCUCCUGUGCAGAGAUUCCCCAGCUGCAUGUGGUCAAAUGUAAAAACAGCACAGCGUUUGGACUGGUUUCACCCAAGAUCAACAAGAGGAGGAUGGUCAUUCCAGAUGCUGCUCAGCCUGGCAGCACGUUCAUGACCGGUAGAAACGGCCAUCAGACGGAGAACCCGUCACAGACGGAUCAACCUCCAGCAGCAGAGACACAGAAGAUCUCCCAGCCGGCCUCUACUCGUCCCAGACCUGACCACCUUCCCCUGGGAUCCCCAGACCCCAGAGCCCACCCCCUCUACUUAGGAGUGGCUUCUCUCACAGGUGGCAGAGACAGGACAGGCAGAGCAAUAGUUGAGCUCUAUGGACACCACCAGGGAUGGAGAUCAGCUGUCACCAGCCACGAGCUCUUCCAGAUGCUGCUCUACUUCCGCACGAUCAUCAGGAGAGAAAUCAGAGAAGCUGGGAUGACGCUCAUUUUUGAUUCAAGGAAGACGAAUCCUCAGCCGCAGCUCUAUAAGGCCUUGAUGACGCUUCAGGAGCAGACUCACCAGGCAGUAAACAGUUUCGUGCUGCUGGUGGACAAGGAGAGCCGCCUUCGGCCAGAGAGGUGUCCCGGCAUCCAGACUGAAGUGGUGACAUCGAUGAAAGCGUUGGUCAAGCUGGUGGAGGCGAGUCAGCUGAGCUCCCGUCUGGAUGGCUCUCUGUCUCACAGCCACUGUGACUGGAUAGAGCUGCACCAGAAACUCUUCCCGUUUGUGUCUGAUCUCCAUGAGGCGUCCAGCCUUCUUCUGAGUGCCAUCAGUAAGCUGGAGGAGCCCCGGAGGACAGACACUGUACAGACUGUGCAGCAGUGCAUGGUGGACCAGAGGACUCUGAUGAGGAACGUGCUGGAGGACAGCCGAUUGGUCAGCCUGCAGAGGGAGGGUGGGGCCAUCCUGGCGAGGCUGAGGAAGGAGAGUGACCUCAAAUACCCGCACUGCGAGGACCUCAGUGACGCCGUGGACUCGGUGACCAGCCUGUACAACCACGUGGAGGAGCAGGCUCACGUCCUCGUGCAGAGGUCCAACAUGUCACUGGAACACCUGGAGUAUCUGCUACAACUCAGAGAGGUGGAGGGACACUUCAUGCAGAUGCAACAAUGGUUUACCGUAGAGGGAGAGCGCCACCUGCUGGAGGCUGAAUCCGUCGAGGACUCUGGAGACAGAAUGGAGCAGAUCCUCAACAGCUUCACUGGAUUCCUCAUUGAGGCUAAUGACCGAAGGCACCACGCCAUGACGUUGGUGUCCGAGGCAGAGCGACUCCAGCAGGCCGGGCUCUGCUACCCGGAGACGGAGGCCUUCUGGACUCUAGUCUGCAGCUUCAAGUCCGGCCUGGAGGACUUUCUGUGCAGGGCAGAGGCCUGCGGCAGGGAGCUGCAGAUCAUGGUCAAUGUGUGUGAUUUUUGUGAGCAGGCUUCAGCUCUGGCCAGCGAAUGCAUCGAGUACCUGGACCAGAGUCAAUCCAGAAGCCAUACAAUGCAAGACCAUGACCAGAAUACAACACCUGUCAAUAAAACAAACACUCAACACCAAAACCAAGACUCUGGACCGAGCAACGCUUCCCUUUGCCCGUCUGAUCCAACCACCACCAGUGUUUUAUUUUCAAGCAACGACCCCUCCAUCUUCCAGACUUUCCAAGACCGGUUCCUCCAGUUCAGCCCGGAAAGGUUUCAGGAGGUGAAGGCCCAGGCCAGCGCCCUGCGGGGCUCCAGGGGGAUGCAGGUCUGGAACAUUGCCUGGCUGAGAUGCCAGGAGGCCCGGCAGCAGCUUCAGGAGAGGAUGCAGGACGCGGAGGAGGUUUUCCACCAACAGCCAGAUUCUAACAGCUGGUGUGAAGGUCAUUAUGUCGAUGUGGUGAGCACUAACGUUCAGACGCCGACUCCCGGUGGCCAGAGUCUGGUGGUACAGUCGACGCCCGGGCCUCGGCACCCGCAGUGGGAGGGCAUCGUGUCGGGGGCCGUGGAUUUAGGGAAGAGAAGGCCGUUCCUGGGCAGCAACAACACUGACUCAACGACUGUAGCCUGCUCUAACAUCAAACCUGAGGAGCACAUUGAUGCGGGAACCAGCCAGGGGUCAAAGGUCACUCCACAGACAUCUCACGGGUCACCAAGGAGAACAGAAAGAGAGGCGAGGAGGAGACAGUCGAGCAGAGCGAGGAGCGAGCGAGACGCCGCUGCUCUCUCUCAGUCCCACACUGUCGGCUGCCAGUGGUUUCCAUGGGGACGAGGUCUCAGAACGAGGUCGGUGAGCCAGGACUCGUGCACUACGGGAGCGGCGAUGGCGGGGUCGUCCUCUCCUCCGGAGCAGCGGGUCCGAUCCCCGUCGUCCUGCUCCCACCACGGUCAGCCGUCCUGUCGGAUCCUCCAGGAGGCUCAGAAGUUCCAGAUCUCUCGCCACGGGAGCUUCUGCUCAGAAGACUCCUGUAUGAGCGACCGCGGGGCUGCGGGGGGUAACGGGAGUUUAUGCUGCAAACACUCCAGCCUGCCCAUCGGGAGAUAUGAGGGGGGGUUUUGUUUGGCAAGUCCACAGGAGAGUGCCAGCAACGCCCUGAGGCUGCAGCGCGUCCUGGAGGAGCUGCUGUUCACAGAGAGGGAGUACGUUCGCUCGCUGGGCUACAUCCUGACCCACUACCUCCCGCUGCUGGACCGACCAGACAUCCCUCAGGACCUCAGGGGCAAGCGAGGCGUCAUCUUCGGUAACCUGGAGAAGCUUUACGACUUCCACAGCCACUACUUCCUGCCGGAGCUGGAGGCCUGUCAGAGGGAGCCCGCCAUGGUGGCCCGCUGCUUUCUCAGACAUAGUGAGAGUUUUGGCCUGUACGCUCUGUACAGCAAGAACAAACCUCUGUCAGACGCCCUGAUCCUGUACCGUCGCCAUGACAUCUUCAAGAGGAAGCAGCAGGAGCUGGGGGACAUGAUGGACCUUUCAUCCUACCUGCUGAGGCCCAUCCAGAGGAUCAGCAAGUACAGCCUCCUGCUGCAGGACAUGUUGGCUCUGGCCGGCUCAUACAGGCCAAAGGACAUGCUCCAGGAUACACUGCUGGCAUCCAGUGUGUGCGCUCAAAGCGUGUGUGGCCCGGGUUCGUAUGUGCCUGAUCUGACGAGCAGCGAGAGGGAGCGGGAGAGGGCUGAGAUCCAAGCGGCUGCAGACCUGGUUCGGUUUCAGAUGCGUCACGGCAACGAUUUGCUCACCAUGGACGCCAUCCAGGACUGUGAUGUGAAUUUAAAAGAGCAGGGCCAGCUGGUUCGUCAGGACGAGUUCACAGUUUUCUUCAGGAAGAAGAAAUGUGUCCGCCGCAUCUUCCUCUUUGAAGAUCUCAUCCUCUUCAGCAAGACCAAGCGGACCGAUAUAGGCAACGAUGUUUAUGUCUACAAGCAGUCAUUCAAGACGAGCGACAUCGGGAUGACCCACAACUCAAGUGUGAGCAGCUUGUGUUUUGAGAUCUGGUUCCGCAGGAGAAAAAGUGAGGACACCUACACCCUGAGAGCCUCCAGCAUGGAGGUGAAGAAAGCCUGGACCACCGACCUGGAGAGGAUCCUGUGGGAUCAGGCCACUCACAGUAGAGAGCUGCGUAUGCAGGAGAGGGUUUUCAUGGGAAUGGGCCGCAAACCUUUCAUGGACAUUCAACCCAGUGAUGCUGCCAUCUGUGACCGAGCCGUCAGCUGCGCCCUGCCGGGGAGAAUCCCUGUGGCCUGUUGUUCACACAGGAGCUUAGAGUAUCCACGACCGCACUCCAUUGGCUCCGGCAGCACCGCCUCCACCACCCUCAGCCAAUCAUCUUCCUCCUCUGGACGGGGCUCGCUGCCUCCUGCUGGUUACCCCGGUAACCAGUCACAGGGGGUGGAGACCAGUCCUGCUGUCUGCUCCUCCAUUGAGGGCGUGACUGAAAAUGAACUCAACCAUCAUCAUCUUCAUCAGCAUCAUCUUCAUCGUAACUGUGAACAAUGGAAAAGUCAUCAUCCGCUGAUGGGCAGCACUGAAUCACCUGGAGAACGCAUCAACCUCUUCAGCAGCUCAGAACGCAGCUGCCUGUCCGCCAUCGGUGGAGAGGUGGUGGACGACUCCUCCUCGAUCGUAUCCCAGAGUUCAAAGCCUUUACUUUGUCGGACUCCCAGCCUGAGGAGAGACGGCUCGCCAUCGGUUACCAGAAAGAAACCAGGUGUUGCCCCCAAACCUCCACAUCUGGCUAAUGCUCAGGGGGAUGACAUUAUAAUCGGAAAAUCAACAGAAGUUUAACCCUGGAUUCCCUGCCGAAGAUCAUCGAUCCACUGAAGCUGUUCAGUCGUCUUCUGGCCGCCUGCAGACGGACAGUUUAUCUGAAGUUAUUUUAUGUGGCUACGCAGUCACAAGGCAGUCAGCUUUGUCUGGUCACAAGGUUUGUUUUUAAUGAUUUAUUGAAACAAUUGAGGUUUGGUGUGUUGGUAUCAUAAGUCCGUCAUGUGUCAAAUGAGGUUGUCUUAUAUCACGUAUGGACUAAUAAGAAGAAGGAACAAGAGGCUGCUGCUGUACAUGGAUGAUGUGGUUGACACACACACACACACACACUGUUUAGUGGGAUCUUCUGUGCUGUACAGCCUGUACAUUUAUUAAUUUGCAGGGAUCAAACUAGAGAAGGUUGUAUUUAUUAUCUCUUAUGGAAAUCAGCAGCUUGUGUGAAACAAACACACACAGGACCAGCGUCACCACACAGUGUGAGAAACCACUUCACUUCAAGUGUAUCGCUCUGUGUUUCAUGCUCCAUUUCAUUUGUUAGCAGGCAGAGCAUUGCUUGAGAAACAAUUGUGUAUCAUUAUCUCUUGACGGAUGAACUACAGUGUUUUAGUUACAAGGGAAACUUAAUGGAGUCCAUAAGAAAGUCCAGAUCCACUGGCCAUAAGCCCAGAACUAGCUGAAGAUCUAAACUUCAAGUGCGAUGACCAUAAAUGGAGAAGCAUUUCUGUGCAGAUACAGAGAAGUAAAAUGAUUUGUGUUUUCAUUAAUAUAGAAGUAAUUAAUAUAUAAUGCUAUUUCUUUUCUCCUGUUUAUUUCUUUUGGGUCAUUUUUAUACUACUGCUGUCUGUCUAAACAUGUGUUUUUAUCUGUCUGGCUCUUACAGUAGUCCUGUAUUUAAUAAUUUAUCAGAAGGGACUGACCACUUGCUCAUGUGUUUUCACAUCUGGAUUUGAAGUACUUUGCAUCUUGGAAGACUGUUCUGUCUACAUAAUCACACAACUACUGCACACUAGCAGACACGGUAUAUAACUACCAGGUAAAAACUACUUACUGUUAUUUAGGGUCCACUAAUGGUUCCAUACUGAUCAAUGUUCCAGCUACACCCUCAUGAAAAUGACCAUUACAAAAAAGUAUUUUUCAGAUUAUUUAGUUUUCUUAAGUUAUUGAUGAAAAGUGUCUUCUUUUGUUCUUUUGUAAGUUCUUUGAUUUUUAUCGUCUGUGCAAAAUAUACAAAUCAUAAAAACUGAGGUCAUAAUGUCGACCUCUGUUUAUUUUAAUUUAAAGCCACUAACUUUUUAUGACAUAGCAGAUCCAUGUUUUUUUUUAUUGCUUACUUGCUUUCUUUCAAGCUUAUUUGCUUAUUCAAACGUGAGGUCCGUUGUUGUUUUCUUUACUUCCUUUGUUUUUCUUGUUGUUGUUUUUUUUUAAAGACAAAUUCUACGUUUUGUAUCGUGCAGUUUCUUAUCGUGCGGUUUCUUUAAUCUGAAGUAUCACCAGACAGUCUUGCAGUAACAUGAGGAUGUGGCACCAGACUGAUGGUGCUUCACUUCCUCAUUCCACAGACACAACAAUUUCUGCAGACGCUUAUCGCAAAAGGUUUCAUUUCCCUUUGUGCGGGUUUUACUACUGCUAUUUUUCAGUUCUAAAAUGCAUUUUUAAUGAAUACAUUUUGUGGACAAAUGUAAUGAAAUAUAGACUCUCACAGUCCCGUCUGGUUCAGCCUAUAACGAAUGGUUUUGUUCCUUUGGUCUGUGCACCAAAUCCAAAAAAAAACUGCACAUUCAAGUUGCAGUUUCAUGACCUAUUUACAACUUCCUCCUGUAACUGUCAAUGUGAAAGUCUCAUCAUGACCUGAGAAAGAUGUGUGAAGUAUUUUACUGUCUUGCAAAGAAGAAUCGGCUGAGCUGCAUACAAAUUUGAACUGUAUGACAUGUCAUUUCCUGUUUUACAUUAUAGAAUUUAAUUUAACUGUUUUGAUUCAUUUUGAAUUAUAACAUUUUAUUUCUGUUGAAUCAUUAUAAUAAUUUACAGUAUGUUGCAGCUACGGAAAAUGGUAUAAAUAAUUUAU